AUGUCCUCAAUUAAUAUCAAGCGGUCUGGAUCUGACAAUUUGGAUGCGCCUCCAGCAAAAAAGUCGCUCAUAAUCAAAUUUCCGGUUGCACAUAUGAGCAUCGUGGAUGCAGUUGAUAUAGCAGCCAGAUACAACAAAACUUUGUUUGCCAAACAUAGCCAGGAAGAAUCUUGGAAAGCUCGCAUGAGUAUCUUGUCUGCUUUUUCCGCCAAAUAUAAAAAGUUGGAUAAGGUGAUUAAAGCUCAAGACUUGGCCAUUGAACAGUCCAAAGCCGUGAUUGCUGUGCUGGACCGGUUGAUUCAAAAUUUUGAUACUCUUCCUUCUAGGAGGAUUUGUGAGCUUCUUUCUGGAAGUUUUGUGGAAAUUACUCCGGGAAGAGCCAUAGAAACACUUGCAACUAUUCAACAGUCGUUCAACGCAGUCAAUAUCGAUGAGCAAUGUGCCCAGAAACAGAUUAUAAAGAAUGCCGAAAAGACAAGAGUGGUCGCCAACGCAGCUAAGAUGAUGCUAGCGGAUCGCGAGAAGCGUUAUUUGCUUCCUUAUUUUGUUACGCCUAUUGCCUCAAGGGGAUGUGGUGUAGAAAUCGGUAACUAUACUGGUCUUGCGGCAACUCAACGAACCACGCGAACUUGGGCUGCAAAGUUUGCAAUGGAGGAGAUGUUUAGGGUCGGUGAGAUUGAUCGCUGGUGGGAGGCUGAUACCGCUGAAGUAUCUGGGGUAAUGGCGAUAGACAUUGGCUCUCUUUUCUAA